AUGAAGGCCCGAACGACAGGAAGCAUUUCCGAGGCCCCCGGGCAAGCCCCGGGCGGAGCCGUGCCUCAAGCCAUCCCGCCGCCUCAAGCGCCUCAAUCGCAAAACCCUGCGCUUCCGACCCAGACGCCGCCAUCCUACUCGACUCCGCAGGCGCAGCUGCCUCCCAAGCCGGCGCCGACCAAGACGACCCUUAAAGCGCUGCCCACGGUGCGAGAUCAUACCACUGACCAGCUCAACCCUUCGGGCGACGAGUACAUCCCGCGCGAGACGGACGAGUUUGGUGAGAAGAAGGUGAUGCCCAAUGGCCAGCUCCUUGGCAACCGCCAAUACAGGUGUCGCACGUUCCUGGUUCCAAACCGUGGAGACAAGCUCUUUAUGCUGGCCACCGAAUGCGCUCGAGUGCUGGGAUACCGCGACUCAUACCUCUUGUUUAAUAAGAAUAGGUCGCUCUACAAGAUUAUCGCUAGCCAAGCUGAAAAGGAUGACCUUGUCCAGCAGGAGAUCUUGCCUUUCUCGUACCGAUCGAGGCAGAUCGCCAUUGUUACCGCCCGGUCCAUGUUCCGACAAUUUGGAAGCCGCGUCAUUGAAAAUGGCCGUCGAGUUCGAGACGAUUACUGGGAAACAAAGGCCCGGAAGCAAGGCUUCACCGAAGCCGAUCCCGCCGGAGAGAAACGACCUGGAGCCGCCAAGGCCAGGGAGGCCGCCGAAGCAGCGCAGAACAACGUUCUGCUGGGCAACCCGCAUACGGAAAUCGUGUACAACAACACGCCUGGACCGUACCCCGGUGCGCCUCAGCCUCACCUCGUUCAAGGUAUGAUGGGAGCACCCGGAAGCGCGACAAGAAUGCCGGCAUUAACGGUUGGACCAGACCUCAGUGACAGCAGAUCCAGGGACUACGGCGGUAUCGUCAAGGGCGGCCCGCGACAGGAGAUCACCGGACCCCCGUACCAAGAUCAGACCAGGCCUUCCCCUCUGGUGGAAAUCCACUCGCAGGCCCAUCACGCCGCCGAUUUCAACCGAUCCGUGAACCAGCAACGUGAUAUGCGCGACAACUACCUUCAGGGCAUCUGGCGCCGGCCGCACGAGCAACCUACCCAGUCAGCCCUCGGUCAACCGCCUGUGGCUGCAUCGGCCGAUCCGACUAUUCCCACCAGCCGGCCGACGAAUUCGCCUCACACCACCGCUGCCGGCAUAGCCCAGCCCGGCGUUGUUUCGUCUCAAAGUCCUCAGAUGAUGAUGACUGCGGCCCCAUACUCCCAGUCCAUCAAUGCGCAAAGCGCGCUCGGUCAAGCUCCCAUCAGAGGUAUGGCCCCUUUGCCUUUAACAACCAAGCUGAGCAUCCGCGAACCAACACCUUCUGCAGGAUCGACCGGUAGCAUCGGUGCUGGAACAGCUGGAUAUAGCUAUCAACAGCCCGGCCAGAUGUGGUCUCAGAGUCCCCAGACGCCGCAAUCUAGCUACAGCAGCUAUACAACGCAGCCUCAGGCCCAGCAUCCUUCCCAGUCUCCGGCCUCGCAGCUCCGCCAGACGGGCGCCAGCCAGAUGCAGCCGAGCAUGCAGUUCCCCGGCAUGGGAAGCAUGCAAUACAGCACUAGCCAGGGCAUGUACGGUGCGGAGCAAACACCUCGUCAAUACAUGCCUCAAACUACGCCCAGUGCGCAGUCAGCCUCUCAACCAUGGUCGGGCCAACACCAGCAAUCCCAGCAGUGGUGGACGCCUCAACAGCAACAGUAG